AGCUGCAAUUAAACUAGUCAGUUGAAUUAUGAUCGAACAAUAGUAAAGAGUGCUUAAUAAAACGAUAUGCUGAACUAUACAUUGCAUAAAAGAUUGUUCAGGCCAAAAUAAAGUUUUUGUUCAACAACUCACGAAAAGAGCUGAACAAACGAAAUUUUUAUUCUGAAAUAUAGCUUUUACUCAACUAUUUACAUUUUGCUCAUUGGAAUACUUAACAAAUGCUUAAUAAACGUUUUACAGUUUUUUAAUGUUCUGUCAAGAUUUGCUGAAAAUUUUGCUUCUGUUUCGCUGUUUGCCCACGGUAUAAAGACGUUCAUUACUCGCGCUGUUCUGCUAUUUGUUUACCUCGAUAUGGAUAAAAUAUAUAAAAAGUAUAAAAAAAGUGGAGCGUAUCACCGAAAAUUGAUAAAAACACGUAAGCAAUAUGAAAACACUCUAAGGCAUUUAUAUUCCCAAACUUACUCGGGAAACAGCAAUUAUGGCUCAGAUUCCGAUUCAGUACCAGAAAAUUCUUCCAUUCGGCAAAAUGUUGAAACACGUAUGUAUAAUUCAUUGAACACAAGCAUACAUUGACGAAACUUGAAUACAUGUUUCAAAUUAUAAAUUUAUAUAUCUAUUCUAGACAAGAAUACACCAGCAAGUAUUAAUGAUAUUUGCAUUAACCUCGUCUCUGAAGUAUCUAAUGAUGACAACAAACAUAAACAACGAACAACGAACGAAACAUUUUGUGAACCACCAAACGAAUCGUCUAAAGAUUUAAGUGACUUUCAUAAUCCUCAGCACAGCAGUAAUUCAGAUGAAGCCCUACGAAUGUGGGCGCUUCGUCAUAAUAUAACCCAUCAUGCUUUAAAAGAUUUACUUAUAUUGAUCAAAUAACAAUACCAUGACGACAACCUGCCUUUGGAUCCAAGAACCCUUCUUGAAACUCCACAAAGUACCGGUAAACUGUGCAUACCGAUAGGGGGUGGUAAAUAUUGGCAUCACGGAUUUAAAGCAUGUUUGGAGAAAUGGUUCAAAAAUUUAUCUACUGAUAUUAUGAUUAGUAUCAAUAUUAACAUUGAUGGUUUACCCGUACAUAAAAGCUCUAAGUUUCAACUUUGGCCAAUUUUAUGCAACGUUCAUGAAUUUCCUUACUUGCAAGCAUUGCCAAUAGGAAUAUUCUAUGGGAAGAGCAAACCUACAGACGUCAACGAGUUCCUAACACCUUUCGUAGAUGAAAUCAUUCCUUGUCUAGAAAAUGGCAUUGUCGUUAAUGAUCACACUAUCAGCAUAAAAUUGAGAUGCUUCAUCUGCGAUUCUCCAGCGCGAGCUUUCGUCAAAGGAGUCGUGAACUUCAACGGAAAAGAUGGAUGCCUGAAGUGUACAAUAAAUGGAGAGUAUUCUUAUUUGUCUCGCACGGUAGUGUUUCCUUCUCUCCAUUGUCCAUUGCGCACUGAUGCGAUAUUCCGUAGGAAAGGUUAUGGGAAGCAUCACACCACUCAGGAAUCACCUUUACAAAGAAUUCCAGGCCUCGAUAUGAUCAAGGAUUUCGUGGUUGCCGAUCCAUUGCAUCUAUUAGAGUUAGGAGUCAUGAAACGCUUAUUAACAGGAUGGCAAGUGGGUAAUCUAGGUUAUACAGGAAAAUUCAGUAGUCAUCAUAUACAACGGUUGUCAGCUGCAAUAGAAAGCAUAAAAUUACCGAAAGAAAAAUUUAUUGAGGAAUUCAUUAGAAUUUAUGGAGAACAGUACAUAACCAGCAACAUUCACAAUCUAGAACAUAUUGUUGGAGAUGUGAACCAAUUUGGUUCCUUAUAUACUAUAUCAGCAUACCCAUUCGAAAGCUACUUAUUCCAAAUCAAAAACCUCGUCCGGCAGGGUAACAAUUGUUUAGAGCAAGUUGUAAACAGGAUGCUCGAGAGGAACGCGAUACACGAGAGAGGAGAUAAAAUGUCCGAAAACAUUACUCCGAAAAUAAUCAGACGAGGAUCUUAUGUUCGCUGUGAAAUUAAAAACGAAUUUAUGAUUAGCAAUUCAUUUAAAGAUGCUUGGUUCUUAACGAAAAAUUUAGAGAUUGUAAAAAUGAUAGAUGCUACGACUGAUUGUAACGGUGGUAUUACUUUGCAUGGCUGUCCCGUACAGAACUACUCCAACUUUUUCGAGCUCCCCAUUCGUUCAUCAUGUUUGUAUAUUUUUCUAGUAAAAUUAUUUUUGAAAUCAGGUAAAACAUAUAACAUAAACGAUAUUACUUGCAAAUUCGUAGCGGUUCCUUACACACAAAACACCAUUGUAUUACUUCCACUUCUCCAUACAAUUUGUGCAGGAUAAUAUCAUGAAAUAUAUCAAAAAUCACAAUCUUAUUACAUUCAUAUACUUUUUCGUGAGACAGUCUGCAAACAUUUUUAUUACAUAAAACAAGGAAAAACAGUUAUAUAUAUGU